UGUAUUUCUAUUAAUAUAAGCAGAUCUCACUCCUUCACAAUUCCUUCUUAAUUAAUCUCCCAAACUAAUACCCCUGCUGAAAAUGGAGGCUCGCACAACCAAUCUCAUGAUUUUCUCGUUAAUCUGUUUGUUCUUAUGUCUCUCUCUUCUUUUUAUUUGUAUCAAUGCAGAAGUCCACUACCAUGACUUUGUUCUCCAAGAAACACCAGUGAAGAGGCUGUGCCAGGAACACAAGAUCAUUACAAUGAAUGGACAGCUUCCUGGUCCAACGCUUAAGAUCAGGAAUGGAGACUCUCUCGUGAUCAAUGUCAUGAACCGAGCCCGCUACAAUGUCACAGUCCACUGGCAUGGAGUCAGACAGAUGACAACUGCAUGGGCUGACGGGCCGGAAUUUGUGACGCAGUGUCCUAUAAGGCCGGGAGGGAGCUACACGUAUCGGUUCACGAUCAAGGGCCAAGAAGGAACACUUUGGUGGCAUGCACAUAGUUCUUGGCUUAGAGCGACUGUGUAUGGGGCUCUCAUCAUCUAUCCGAGAGAGCAUAAAUCCUACCCUUACCCUAAGCCACAUAGAGAAGCCCUUGUAACUCUUGGGGAGUGGUGGAAUACAGACCCAGUUCAAGUUGUGAGACAAGCAACAAUGACCGGAGCCGCUCCAGCCAUAUCCGAUGCAUACACCAUCAACGGCCAGCCCGGCGAUCUCUACAACUGUUCAAGCAAAGGCACAACAAUAAUUCCAGCAGCGUUUGGGGAGACUAUACUCCUGCGCUUCAUCAACGCUGCACUCAACAACGAGUUCUUCAUAUCCAUCGCCGGCCACACAAUGACAGUGGUCGGAGCCGAUGCUGCCUAUAACAAGCCAUUCGUAACCUCGGUCCUCAUGCUUGGUCCUGGCCAGACCACUGAUGUCCUCGUCACAACCAGCGCACCUCCCGGAAAAUACUACAUCGCUGCCCGUGCUUACGCCAGCGCCCAAGGUGUCCAAUUCAACCCCACCACCACCACUGCCAUCCUCGAAUACAGGGGAGCUGGCUGUGGAAUCUUGCCACCAUUGAUGCCUCUACUCCCUGCGUACAAUGAUACCUUUGCUGCCACCGCAAUUGCUGCUGGCUACAAGAGCUUAUCACCAGUGACGCUGCCAGGUCCUGUUGAUGAGCACCUCUUCAUCACGGUAGGCGUUGGCUUGCUCAGUUGUCCCCCUGGCAGAACUUGCCAGGGUCCUGGUGGAACUCGAUUUGCAGCCAGCAUGAACAAUUACUCUUUUGUGCUCCCUUCAACCAUCUCCAUCCUCGAAGCUCAGCAGUUCGGGGUGCCAGGGGUUUUCACCACUGAUUUCCCUGCAGUUCCGCCGGUUCAAUUUGACUACACUGCUGAUAACAUAAGCCAAGAUUUGUGGCAACCAGUGCAAGCAACUAAGGUUUAUCCAUUGAAGUAUGGCUCAGUUGUGCAGAUAGUAUUGCAGGGCACCAAUAUAGUUGCAGGGGAAAACCAUCCUGUACAUCUCCAUGGGUAUGAUUUCUACGUGCUUGCAACUGGAUUUGGCAAUUUCGAUGCUGAGAGAGAUACACCAAAGUUCAAUUUGAUCGACCCGCCAUUGAGGAACACCGUGGGGCUGCCAGUUAAGGGGUGGGCUGUGAUUCGUUUUAUGGCGGAUAAUCCGGGAGCCUGGAUAAUGCAUUGCCACUUGGAUGUGCACAUAACUUGGGGGCUGGCGAUGGUCUUUGUGGUGGAGAAUGGGGUGGGACCAUCAGGGUUUCUACAGCCACCUCCAGUUGAUCUUCCACAUUGUUAAGGUAAAAAAGACUCGAAAGAAAACAAGAAGAGAAAAGAUUCAGUAAAUAUCUGUAUUUCUUGUUUUUGGUUGUCUGUUUAGUCCGAUUAUUUUCCCGUUAUAGUUUGUGGUGCUUAAUCUUAAGCACAUACUUGAGAUUUUUACGAACUUGAUAUACAUAUACGAAAUUGCCCUGUUUACAAGGGUGCCAGUCCUUUAUUUCAGCUUAUGGAUUAU